AGUAGAUCGAAGAAGGCUGGUUGCGACGCGUGUUUUGUGUUUUGUUUCGCGUUCUGAUCGCGAUCUCGUGAUUCCUAUCGAUCGUCGAAUGUUCGCGGUCACGUUUUUUUCCUACGAGGGAUGUUCUGAUUUCUGAUUGAAACAGUCCGGUCUUUUUUUUUCUCUCCUCGAGCGUGUCAAAUGUUGUUGCCGACCAAUUCGUCUCCGAUAGGUUUCCAGCAAGAGUUCUAUCACAGCGUCAGCGAAAAAACCAAACUUUUUGCUUCGAAAUGUGUAAACAAAAGUCCGAGCAAGGACACUCUGAGAAGGAACAGGUUUAGAUUUUGCGUCUGUACUGGACCGAGGAAGAGCAGUAAGAAGACCGCCAAGUGGUAUGUCAAGCAGCCCACAUGGCGAUUAUGGGGCGAGGAGAAGGCAGAUGGCGCCCUCUAUACAGUGUACCUCAAAAAGGUCCGUUACCACCGGCCGACUAGGAGUUUAUCGUCUUCCCAUUCGGACUCCGACGACGAAAUCUCCCACCUGGAAUGGGAGACGGUGCGCGUGCGCUUCGUCAAGGCGGGCACGCUCAAAAAGCUAGUCGAGGCUCUGUCGACGGACGACGGCGAGCUGGAGACCACCUACAUCAACGUCUUCCUGGCCACCUACCGCAGCUUCUCCACGCCCAAAGAGGUGCUCAGACUGCUGCUGCAGCGCUACGUCGAGCUGGCCGAGCGGCCCAAGAACGGCAAGCCGGAUCCACACGAGCAACAUAGGAAGACCCUCGUAUCCGCCCUCCAUGUUUGGCUCGAUAGUUACCCAGAAGACUUCAAAGAUCCUCCGAAUCAUCCUGCCCUACGUCAAUUACUGCAUUUUUGCGAAGAAUACCUGCCCUCUACCGAGCUUGAUGCCAAAGUUCGACAUAGGAUAGAAAGGUAUACUAAAGAAGCUCAUAUAGACCCUCUUAUUGCACCGCCACCAGCGUUUGCUAUGCGAUCAGUAGCUGCUGGAUGGAGGGUAUACAAAUUACCAGAUGUACCUGUUAGACAUUUUGCCGAACAACUUACCAGAAUGGACGUGGAUUUGUUCAAAAAACUCGUCCCCCACCAAUGUCUGGGCGCGGUGUGGUCUCGAAGAGACAAGAGCCGCUCGCACGAGGCUGCCACCGUUCUGGCGACUGUCAACCAGUUCAACGCGGUCUCCUACCGCGUCAUAUCCUCCGUGCUGGUCGAACCUGGCGCCAAGUCUGGCGAUAGGGCUGCCAUCGUGGCCACGUGGAUAGACAUCGCUCAGGAGCUGCGGCUGAUCAAGAAUUUCUCCAGCCUGAAGGCGAUCAUCAGCGGGCUGCAAAGCAACCCGAUUUACAGGUUGCACAAAACGUGGCAGGCCAUCGCCAAGGACAAGAUCGAGAUGUUCGACGAGCUAGCGCGCAUCUUCAGCGAGGACAACAACCAGAUGACGCAGCGCGAGCUGCUCAUGCGCGAGGGCACGGCCAAGUUUGCCGACACCUUCGGCGAGAACGACAAGCACCUGCAGAAGGUCUUCCAGAAACAGAACAACCACACGGCGAACAUCUCCUUCGGUACCAUACCGUAUCUGGGCACCUUCCUGACCGAUCUGACCAUGAUCGAUACCGCCAUACCGGAUACUAUCGCCGAGGGGCUGAUCAACUUCGAUAAGAGGCGGAAGGAGUUCGAGGUGUUGGCGCAGAUCAAGUUGCUGCAAGGUGCCGCGAACGCCUACCACUUCUCUUUGGACCCCGCCUUCGACCGCUGGUUCGACGCCAUCUACCUCCUAGACGACCGCGAGGCGUACCAGCUCAGCUGCCGGCUGGAACCGCCCACGUUGGUCGCCCAAUCCGCCCCCCAUCCCAAGCAGGCCGCCCACCCCAAGGCCAAGAACCGCCACCAGAAGAACGACUCGAUAGCCAGCACGUCGAGCAGCACCAGUGGCGGCUCGCAGUUUUAUUGUGAGGUUGACAGCGCGCCAGGGUCGCCGCGGAACGGCGGGUUGGACAGGAAGUCGAGCCCGUCGCAGAUGUCGAAUUCGAGCAGCAGUUCGUCGCUGCCCUCGCUGGACGUGUCGAUGACUAGUUCGCAUUCGGGCGGAGCUAACGGCAAGUUGCAGGUCCCCUUCAACCACUCAGGUACCCUGAGCACCGGCUCGCAGAAGAGCAGCCCCGACUUCUACAUCAUCAAGGUGACGUACGAGACGGACGGCGUCGAGACGGACGGCAUCGUGCUGUACAAGAGCAUCAUGCUGAGCAACAACGAGCGGACGCCGCAGGUGGUGCGCAACGCCAUGUACAAGCUGGGGCUCGAGGGCAGUCCGGAGGGGUACACGCUGGCACAGGUGCUGCCCGACAAAGAAAUGGUUCUUCCUGCCAAUUCGAAUGUCUAUUAUGCAGUGAACACCCAGUUUAACCUCAAUUUUAUCUUACGUCCGAAAAAGUCUGACGAAAAAGAUACCCCAGGCAAAAAUUCAAAAAGCAAAUACAAAUUGUAAUAUUCGAUAAAUCAGGUAUUUAUGCAGAAAAGUGCGACGUUGUAUUUAUUGUACCUAUUAUAUUUAAAUGAUUUUUUUGUAAAAUGUACAUUGAUAAACUCAUUGAGCUGUUUAUGACAAAUAAUCUAUGCAACAAAAUAACAUCUGUGAUAAAAGCACAAAAUACUCUCAUCAUCACGUCAUAUGUGGUAAUAUUUUUAUUUAUUUCAUAAAAAAGCCUUCUCAUUUUUUUAACAAACUAGAUUAUAGACUUGUUUUUCCAACAUUUCGCUCGUUCAUUAUUUGGGUUAUUGCUUUCUGUUCAUCCUGUGAAUCCUCUAUUCCUGCAGUAUUUUCUUUCUAUAUCUAGCAUCACAAAGUUUUUAUUGAUAUUUUUCUGAAGGUGAAAAAAUGCCUAAGUGGAUGUGAAGGAGCAGUAACACAAAUUUGUGAAACUAAGGAAGUAAAAAACGAUGUACUGACCUAAAUUCGAUUUUUUGUGUCUUGUUGAUGUAUUUUUGUGAUUAGUCAAAAUUGAUCUAUCAUAUUCUCAGUGCAAUGUCCAGUGACCUAAAUUUGAUGUUUCCAUAAAUGUAGAAGGAUCAAUCAAUUAGUAUAAAAAACCUUAAACUACGAGGUCAUUCAAUUGUUGUUACGGAAAAAUCAAGUGGGUGUUAUAUUUCAGGGAUGAACAUUUUUUUAUCUGUUGAAUUCUAAUCUUCUUGUGAAUUUCUAAAAGAGCAUCUCGAAUUAU